AAUUAUGCAACUAAUUUUGAACUGUCGCUAAUUGGUACAGUAGUUACCAAUUCAGAAUGGACGGCGGUGAUGAACCUGGCAGCCACUAUAUAUAAACCACACUCAACCAAGAUACUCUGAUCAACUGGUGAGUUUGGAGUAGGGCAUAGAUUCUUGGAGAACUGGGCAAAUUUUGGCAUGGAUUCUGGUGCUGCUGCCGUCUGCGCGGAGAAGGCGAGUGAGAUCAUCAAGAUCGGUCAGGUUGAUGACGUGCAGGAGCUGCAGCGACGACUGUGCUCCGCCACCACCGUGCCGGAGCGGUACAUCAGGGACGGCGACGACCGGCCGGAUCACGCCGUCGUCGACGACGAGCGCGCGCAGGAGCGGAUUCCGGUGAUCGACGUCGGCGAGCUGCAGCGCGGCAGCGAGGACGAGCUCGACAACCUCAGGCUCGCCUGCGAGCAGUGGGGCUUCUUCCAGGUUGUGAACCAUGGAGUGGAGGAGGAGACGAUGGAGGAGAUGGAGAAGGCGGCGAGGGAGUUCUUCAUGCUGCCGCUGGAGGAGAAGGAGAAGUACCCCAUGGAGCCCGGCGGCAUCCAGGGCUACGGCCACGCCUUCGUCUUCUCCGACGACCAGAAGCUCGACUGGUGCAACAUGCUCGCCCUCGGCGUCGAGCCCGCCUUCAUCCGCCGCCCCAACCUCUGGCCGACAACUCCGGCCAACUUUAGUAAGACGCUGGAGAAGUACUCGGUGGAGAUCAGGGAGCUGUGCGUGCGGCUGCUGGAGCACAUCGCGGCGGCGCUGGGGCUGGCGCCGGCGAGGCUGAACGGGAUGUUCGGGGAGGCGGUGCAGGCGGUGAGGAUGAACUUCUACCCGCCGUGCCCGCGGCCGGAGCUGGUGCUGGGGCUGAGCCCGCACUCCGACGGCAGCGCGGUCACCGUGCUCCAGCAGGACGCGGCGUUCGCCGGGCUGCAGGUGCUCCGGGGCGGCGGCGGCUGGGUGGCCGUCCAUCCCGUCCCCGGCGCCCUCGUCGUCAACGUCGGCGACACGCUCGAGGUGCUCACCAAUGGCAGGUACAAGAGCGUGGAGCACCGGGCGGUGGCCAGCGGCGAGCACGACCGCAUGUCCGUCGUCACCUUCUACGCGCCGGCGUACGACGUCGAGCUCGGCCCGCUGCCGGAGCUCGUCGCCGACGGGGAGCCGCGCAGGUACCGGACGUACAACCACGGCGAGUACAGCCGGCACUACGUCACCAGCCGGCUCCAGGGCAAGAAGACGCUUGAAUUUGCAAAGAUUUAAGUUGAUCGAUUGAUCACCGAGUAAUUCAGUAUAAUUAAUCAACCUAAAAAGAUCAAUUAUGUUGACACAAUACUUGCGUUUGAGUUAUUGUUUAUGAUAAUCUGAAGUAUACUAAUGUUACUAUACUCUGAAGUCUGAAGAAGUAUUGUACUAUGUCUGGUGUAUGUACUAGUAUUCCACAAAAAUGGACAAGCAUAAUUUGAACGAUUUUCAUAAUCAUUUGGUAUUCAA